GUUAAAUAUAAUGAGUCAAGUGAAAUUCUAAGAUAUCUGUAUUCUAGAUGGCGUGUAUAAGUAAACACAUCCAAUCUGUGUUGGCUUUGGUCUUUGUAUUUGCCAUGAACACAAAACAAAUACAUGUUACGACACAGGAACUAGAUUCGAUAUAUACAAUAGCGAAAAUUACAGAGGCUACAGCAGACCAGAAAUCUACGGUUGAAAUAACAAACACCACCUUGUCCAGCCGAAAUGACAUUUCAGUCAGCAAAAGUAUGUCAUUUUCAUCUACGAGCAGCAAUGUUGUACUGCCUACCACAGAUGGCAGGAAUGUAAACCGGGAAAUUUCUACGACUGCCUCUAGUAACAGUGCCACCACAGAUGACAGCCGAGACAUUACACGGAGCAAUGCUACAUCUAGUAAUAGUAACGUCUUCACACCUACUAGAAAUGACGUGACCACUGCGUUAGCUAGGUCUUCUGAAUCUCCUGCGACUCCCGUGAGAAAGAACGGAUAUGGAUUUGAUGCUUCAAUCAUCCAUACAGGACAAGUGUCCGAGGACCAAUACAAAAGCUUAAAAAACAUCACGAGAUACCUAAUGUUUGUGCUGCCAGAGAUCGGAGUGGUUCUCAAUUCGGUGAAUGUCGUCAUUUUUAGCAGUAAAGAGAUGAAAAAUGCAUUCAGCAGAAUUAUCGUCUGUCUGAGCGCGGCGGAGAUAUUAUCGGGGAUAUUGAAAACCGUUUCAGUCAUUAUCGAAGCUGCAAUGGGUAGCGACGCAUUGCAUUCGAAGAUAUAUCUGAACACGGUAAAAUACCUUUCAUUGUACACGAUUGCUGUCGUUGCUAGGACCACAUUCUGUUAUAUUUUACUCAUUGCUGCCGAAAGAUGUUUAGCCGUUGUUUUUCCGCUGAAAGCCAAGCAUAUCAAGCUGAUCAAGAAACCAGUGGUAACGUGUACCGCGUUGCUAAUCUUUGUGGCCCUCUACCACAUACAGAUGUCAUUUAAAUUUGAUGUUGUGAGCUACGAAACGAGAGAACAUGAGAUACUUUUCAAGUACGCCUUGUCAUCUUAUUAUAUCAAUUAUACAUCACUUUAUAACGGACUUCUCACGGCUGGAGACGUCGCCUUUGUCUACAUCCCUCUGUUCGGGGGUCUUGUUCUCAAUAUAAUCUUGGCAGUUGCCCUGAGACGCCACCGUCUCUCCAGGAGGCAGCUGAACUCGACCCAGGAUACCAGACAGGUGAGUCGCUUCGACACACAAAUAACAGUGACAGUCAUCGUGUCUUCUGUCAUCUUUAUCAUCCUCGUGUUACCCAUUCAGGUCACGGAACUCGUACAGAUUCUCACCCCUAACUACGGAAUGUACCUCAAGGAACACUUUUUGUUCCUCACAGUUGUGGAAAUCGAAUCGGUGUUCUACCAGUUGGCUUUUUGCACCAACUUUCUGUGCUACUACGCCCUCGGAGCAAACUUCAGGAACAUCUUCAACAGUAAAGUGUGCCGGUGUCGAAUGUUGUGGAAAUCCACCCAUGUUAGAAGAGGAACCGAAUCGUCCCAAGCAGGAGUUUUCAACACAGCGUCCCCGCCAGUGGAAACACACAGCACAUCUGUAACGCACAUUGCUCAUCUGUGA